AUGGCGCAAAGCGAAGAUAUAACGAUAAUUUGGAAAACAAACUGCAAGUGGAGAGAUACUGAUUAUGUUGUUAAAAGAAAGGAUGUACGACCGAUAUGUGGAAAGGACGCGAAGGCAUGUGCGCUGUUAAAACCAGGAGAUUCGGAGGGCAAAAUUACAAAAAAACUGGCAAAGGAAUCUGAGGCUUUAACAACGCAUGUUGACGAGUUUCAUAACAAUGCGGCAGUCGUUGCUGUUGACCAGACAAAGAUGAUUGAGAUUGAGGAAAUAAAAUGCAUUUUAAAAGAAAAUUUUCUGAGGAUAGAUAAACGUCUGGAGUCAUUGGAAAAACUCGCCAAAUCUUCGGAGAAUACAAUAGAAGAAAUGCGCAUUUCGUUGCAAAGUUUUCUGCCCGGGACAAAUCAGCGUUUUGAGAGGCCUGAGCUUUUGGAACCUUCUGCUCAUUCAACUGAAAAGGAAUUCAGUAGCCCAUUUAAUAAUUCCUCGACAUCGUUUCUCGAAGACACGUCAUCGACCGUGAAUUCAUCAGGCGAUCAUGAGCAAUUUCAGCUAUCAACGAUAGACAUAGAUGUUUUGAAGCGCUUGAUCGAUGACGCCGAUGUUCAUCCGGUCGAGGGCGAUCAAGAUAAAGCCACAAACAGUUCGCAACUUUCACCAAAGUCAGAUGCACCAAGCACAAGUCAAGUAUUGUCUGAUGAUAUUAUACGAAAAUUUGUCACACCGAGCAAGAAUAUCAAAAAAAUUAGCGAGGCGUUAGAAAAGAUCCCAGAGCCACGAAAGUGUGCAUUGAAAUUGCUACCUUUUUUUUUCUCCGACCGUGAGCUAAGUGAAUCCAACACUGAUGGGACGCAUGGUAAACCACCACUCGAUCCAGUUAAAUUGAAUUCAUUGAAAGUAUUGUUAUUCAUGCGCUUUAUCAUGAAGAGUAAAUACGACGAGGAACUUGUUUGGAAAGCGGUGAAGACAGCCAUAAACAAUAAAUGCCGGGCAAAUAAGUUUUAUAAAAAGAGACUUGAUCUGGCAUAAAUAUAACUCAUAUAUGCAUUGUAAAU